UACGCAUACGGAGGCAGAGAAUAUGUUUCCUACCAAAAUGGAUUUGCUGGCUAAUGUUGCAGUGGAGAAUAAGAGGAGAGUGUGUCUGGUUUGGGAAGAUUUGACAGUGGUGGCAUCAAGUGUUAACAAUAGUCCAAAAAGGGAAUUGUUAAAAGGGUUAAGUGGUUAUGCAGAACCUAACCGGAUUAUGGCACUCAUUGGUCCUUCAGGAUCCGGGAAAUCUACUGUACUUGCUGCACUGGCUGGGAUACUUCCCACCAAUGUUAGCAUGACAGGAAAUGUACUACUCAACGGGACUACCAGAAGUACCGGCUGCAGAGAUAUUUCUUAUGUUACUCAAGAAGAUUAUUUUUUGGGAACUCUAACAGUGAAGGAAACCCUGACUUAUGCAGCUCAUUUGAGACUUCCUGCUGAUAUGACUAAAAAUGAGAUUGAUAAGGUUGUAACCAAGAUAUUGGCUGAAAUGGGUCUGCAAGAUAGUGCAGAUAGCAGACUUGGGAAUUGGCAUUUGAGAGGCAUAAGUAGUGGAGAGAAAAGAAGGCUUAGCAUAGGCAUUGAGAUCUUAACUCAACCUCAUGUAAUGUUUCUGGAUGAACCCACUAGUGGGUUGGAUAGUGCAGCUGCUUUCUAUGUGAUUUCUUCUCUGUCAAACAUUGCACAUGAUGGAAGAAUAGUUAUAUGCUCCAUUCACCAGCCAAGUGGUGAAGUUUUCAACCUUUUCGAUGAUCUGGUCCUCCUUGCAGGAGGUGAAUCUGUAUAUUUUGGAGAAGCAACUAUGGCUGUAAAGUUCUUUGCUGAUGCAGGGUUCCCUUGUCCAACAAGAAAGAAUCCUCCUGAGCAUUUCCUUCGUUGCGUUAACUCGGAGUUUGAUAGUGUUGCAGCCUUAAUGCAGUCCAAAAAGGAAGCCUCAUCUUCAUGGAAUUCUCUAAUGAAGAUGACAACAGAAGAGAUUAAAUCAGAACUCAUAAAGUACUACAGGAAUUCCAUUCAGUCAGAAAAUGCAAGGAAAAAAAUCAGAGAAAUCAAACAAAGUGAAGAACCUUUAGUUGAGAAGAUAUAUGAUACCAGCAGGCUGAAGCAGCUAUGCACAUUGACAAAUAGAUCAAUUCUAAAUAUGACCAGAGACAUUGGUUACUAUUGGUUAAGGAUUGUAUUCUAUAUCUUGAUAUCAGUGAGUGCUGGUUUUCUUCUUUUCAACAUAGGAACAAGUAAUGAAGCAAUCUUAACUAGAGGCAAGUGUGAUGGAUUCAUCGUUGGCUUGAUGAUCUUCUUAUGUUUAGGCGGCGUACCCUUUUACCAUGAGGAAUUAAAGGUCUUCAAACGUGAAAGAUUUGGAAAUCAUUACGGCGAAGCCAUGUUUGUGCUGUCACAUUUCCUCUCAUCACUCCCUUUUGUUCUUGCAAUUUCCCUCUCUUCAGGAACAAUACUUUACCACAUGGUGAACUUUCAUCCAGGCUUCUCUCAUUACUGCUAUUUUUGCAUGAAUAUAUUUUGCCUCAUUGCUGUCACAGAAGGCUGCACAUUAUUCUUUGCAGCACUUGCCCCCGACCUAUUGGUAGCAAUGGGAACUGCAACCGGUGCCAUUGUAUUCAUGAUGGUGCCAUCUAAUAUAUUCAGAAGCCUAGCAGACCUUCCAAAAUUCUUUUGGCGCUAUCCAAUGUCCUAUAUCAGCUACAUUACAUGGUCAAUACAGGGUCAGUUCAAGAAUGACCUGAUAGGUCUUGAAUUUGAACCACAGGUGCCCGGGGGUACCAAGAUAAAGGGUGAAGAGAUACUUCAUGAUAUGUUUGGAAUUCGAAAUGAUUACUCAAAAUGGUGGGACUUAGGAGUUCUGGUUUUGUUCUUGAUAUGUUAUAGGUUGCUCUUUUUCUUGGUUCUUAAGCACAAGGAGAGAGUUACAUCAUUAUUACACACCAAAAGAACUAUCCCAGACAUUUUACUCAGAAGAUCCUCAUUGAAGAACAAAUAUAUCUCUUCGAAGCAACGUCAAUCCCUGCAUCCUUUGUCAGCUCAAGAGGGUCUUUACUCUCCAAUUUCUUAAUUGUCACUUUUCCUAUUAACUCUCCAUGCUUAGUCUCCCCUUCCAUUUUAUCUGUAAAGUUGCGUAUGUAAAAUGUGGAAAUUGUUAUAUUCAAUGUGUCACAUGUGGUGACAUAAUUAUCUUGGUAUUUCUUCGUCACAUUCAUUAUGGUGUAUGGUUUGUAGGGACUAGAUUAAAAGUUUAAGGGGUGUCCAUUUGAAGAGUCA